UGUUUGUUGUUAGUUGGCCGUAUUGCUAGGAGCAUGCUGCAAUCGUUCAAAUAUUAUGCAUGAAAGUGAUAAAACUCGCUAGCACCGAGAAGACAUAUUUUUAAGGAAGUGACGUAAAUUGCUCUUCGGUAGUAGUUUUGGGUCGCCGGAUCUUCAAUACGGUGUCUUACUUUGUAAUCAGCUUUUUUAUUCGACCGGUGAUAUUUUUUAGACUCAUUUUGUGCACUGCAUCAAUGUUUUCCUCCUUUGCAAUCGGGUUACCGCAGACAAUCGGAUAAUUUCAAAACAAGAUAAACAAAUGCAUCCACCUUUGGACUGCAAGCAGAAGAAAGUGUCAAAACGGGCAUGGAUCCAAUCUGCUGACCUUUUUAAUGCACUGGCUGCUGGAGAGCGUAAGAAAUCGGCAUCUUACUUGCCCACUGAAAUCCCCGAAGGUCUACAAGGAAAUGGCGAUUAUCCUUCAGCGGACGCCGACCCAAAGCUUGAGAUAGAGGAUACGUCGAUUACUCUCAUCAUACAGUGAAACGCAUCGAUAUUCUCGUGAGAAAGCGCGGAAAAAACAGCCCCGCACUAGCGCAAGAGCAACCCCAGUCAUAAAUCAACUAAAUGCGCUGUCGUCUGUGCCGGCGUUGAACACAUCAACCAAUGUGACUCCAGCAGCUUCCACGACUUCCGUGCUUCCUCGCUGCCGAAGCAUGGACAUCGCCAUCCGAAUUGCUAACGAGAAAGCGCUGUUGCCUGCAGCAAACCAUGCGAUCUUUAUGAAAGCCGAUUGGUAUCCAAUAACAGCCGCUUGUGAAACAAGCGUACCGUUAUUGCAAGAAGCCACCGUUUCCUCUCCUUCAAAGCCUGCCGAUAGGAAGUUGGCCAUGAACCUCAUGCAUCUCCCGACUAAUGCUGUUACCGAAAACGAUUGUCAAGAACGUUUUCCUGAUUGGACAGAACCCAUUCAUACGGUUCCAGUUGGAAGUUAUGAGAGCACCAAAGCGUUGUUAGCAACUGAUAGCGGUGAUGUCCCAUGCUUCGAUGGUGCGACCGAUGUAGAGACGUUUUCUGACCACGACAUUUUGCGCGAUGCGGGACCAAGAUCGUAUGAAGGCAACUCUCUUGCAAAAAACGUGCAUGCCGAAUUUAAUGCAGAUUUUAAUGCCAUUCCGACAAUUCUUGGCUUAUCUUCGCCAACUGCCGAAAGCUUGGCUUUGAAGGAAGACAUCGAAGUUUUGAAAAACAGUUGUUUGACCGAUUGCAGUACGAUAGAGGAGUCUCUCGUAGACGCUCAAAUGUCGGCAACCUUCGUUCAAGACGUCUCCAGCCCAAUCACUCAUGCCAUUGACGAAGCUCUGCCUGGCUAUUUCAAGGAUCGAAUUAGCGAGGAGUCACUGAGUGGAGUGUUCUUGAUGAGUAGUAGAUUGCCGGCAUCUAGAAAUUUAAAUCCAUCCCUAUCAAGAUCGAAGUCUAUUUUCUCAUCAGAAGAAUCUUCUGGAUCUUCCAGAACAACCAUUGCCUCUGAUCUGCAGCUUAAUGAUGCUGUAACAACUAGUUCCGAAUCGUUGGCAACCUUCGAAGUCGAUAGAAAACCUAACAACUAUUUCACCAGAUGGUCGAACCAGGAGCUAGAAUGUGCUCUGCUUCAUGAGAACGAAAAUCGAGGGAACUCGUCUUCCCAUAUCGAUUCAGAAGCCUCAUCCAUUGUUCGGGAUUUGACUGAGGUGGCCAUUACGGACACAAGCUCGCCUCCUUCUAUUUGCAGUAGACAGUCUAGUUCUACGCUAGUGUCUUUGGAAAGUGGAAUAUAUUCAGAACCGCCAGAAAAUAACGAGCUUAACUCGUGGGGUGAUGGAGCGCAAUCGGAAAUCAUGGUUGAGGUCGAUCUGGAAAAGACAGGGAAAGCCGCUGAAUCUGUGGAUACCACUCCGUUGAAAAAUGUUGUGGAAAUACACUGCUGGUGGAAAGUGAUAUGCCGAGGAGCGAGCCUUCCACUCCACCAUGUGCGCAUCGAAAUCGGCAACGGAGUGGUGAAAAUCAAAUUUCUUAUAACCGAAAUGGAGGAAAUUAAUUUUACGUUGUCAAAUAUCCGUGUGCAGGUGCCGACCUCCAGGAAAAUGUGGCGUAGUUAUUCACAUCGACGCCUUGUUAUUGACGGUGGCCAGGAGCAAGUAGAGUUGUUAGCCAGUUUUCCCUCGGAUCGAGAUAAACUGGUUAAAAGGAUAGCACGAUACUGGCGGGAUCAGAUGCUGUCGCGGUCUAAAGGCACAGCGUAGCAGCAUUUUAUGUAUUCAUAAUGGCGACGGCUGAAUUCGAGCACUAGGCCCUCUACAACGCUAUUGGCUGCAACCGAUGCGAGUCGCCAUCUAGUAGUGAACUAAUGAUUCGAGUUCCUUCUUGCGCCAGCUAAUUCGCUCGUUUUUGGAGAUAUUGUCAAUAAUGUGUAAUGUGUAUUAACUUUCCACUACAUAUUGUACAUACGUGCGACUUUGAUAACUUCGGAGUGUGUUGAGAAGUUUAGAAAGUUUCUAGAAAAUGACAUGCAAGAUGUGGUUAUCUCAGAAGAUUUGGAUAUUAUUUAUUUAGACUCCGAGUAAAGCAUCCAAGCUUUUGCCACUUCCGGCAACAAAAC